AUGCCUCGUCGAUCUUCUCGGGCCGCUCCGGCGUCAGCGGCUGCUCCAACGCCCGCACCAAAAAGGCGCGCGUCAGCGCCAGCAUUCACCACCACAGCCUCCAAAAAACAGAAGUCGGAUAGCACUACAGGCAAAUUACCCAUCAGGAAAACCACCAAGAAAAGCAAAUAUUUCCGAAAAGGAGCUGAGGAAUCUAAAUCAGAGGGCUCCGAAGGCAACACUACCGAACCCCCCGAUUCAGAAUCAGAUACGCCGCCAAAAGGCAAAGCGGGAAAAUCAACAAAACACAAGCAACAAGGACAGGAAGAUAAACCACUGUGGAAAGAGGGUGUUAAAACCGGUUUAGGACCGGGAAAGGAGGUCUUCGUCAAAAAGCCCAAAGCAAGAGAUGCGGGGAAGACACCAUAUGAGGAUCACACUUUGCAUCCCAACACCCUUCUGUUUCUGAAGGAUUUGGCAAAGAACAAUGAGAGAUCCUGGUUCAAAGCACACGAUGCAGACUAUCAGGUCUCGAAGAAGGACUGGCAAAGCUUUGUCGAAUGUCUCUCGGAGAAAAUCUCAGGGGUCGAUAGCACAAUCCCUGAAUUGCCCGCUAAGGACCUGAUAUUCCGCAUUCACAGAGACAUGAGAUUCAGCAGAAAUCCUACACCAUAUAAGGAUCACUUUUCGGCCGCUUGGUCUCGCACAGGCAAAAAGGGCUCUUACGCCGCUUACUAUGUCCAUUGCCAGCCUGGAUCCUGCUUUGUCGGUGAGUCAUGCUGGAAAAGCACCUCGGCCCUCGCUGUCAACAUGUCCCCGGAGAAGUUGUCACAUGGGAUCUGUCCCGGUGUCCCAACACGUUAUGCCUUUCUGCCUCCUCAAGGCGCGGGACUCUGGAAUCCAGAAGCCGAUAAACUAGCACGUAUUCGAGAAGAAAUCGAUAGCAAUUCGCAUCAGCUGAAGGCUGUGUUGAACGCAGAAGGGAUGCGUCGUGAGAUUUUCGACGGAAUACCCGAUGAUGAAGAAAAAGCUGUCGAGGCUUUUGUCAACCAAAACAAGGGAAGCGCUCUUAAGAUCAAACCCAAGGGUUACGAUGUGGACAAUGAGAACAUCCAAUUGCUUCGUCUGCGCAGUUUCACCAUUGGCAAGCCUCUUAUGGAUGGAGAGCUUCUGAGCCCCAACGCACAGGAUAAAAUCGUGGCUCUCAUUGGUAUCAUGGAACCUUUUGUUACGUAUCUCAACAGCGUCGUCAUGCCGGAUUUAGUGGACCCCGGUAACAUCUCUGCCUCUGAAUCCGACGCUACAGACUAG